UUCCUUUUUCUUUUUGUUGAGAGAACUUGGGGUUUAGGGUUUAGGCACAAGAGAUCUCGAUCUCCGUCAUCAUCUGAAACGCCGAUCUUGUCUAGCAAGGCGAAUCCGUACGUACAAAUACUCCACCGACUCCCGAUAAUUGCGAAUGAGAAGGGCAUAACGAUGACAGCUCCACAAGCAAAAGAGCAAAUUCAAGAUCAAACAAGCUAUUGGUUGAGACCUACAAUUCUUAAUAUAGCUCUUAAGAUAUUCAUGGAGCAGAUUCUUGAACGUUACAUGCGACACAGUUAUGUUGAAAAAGUGUUUCCUAUAAAAGAACCAGAGUCGCAGGAAGAUUUGUGCCAUGAAUAUGAAGAGCUUAAGCGAAAGGUUGAUGCCUUGCAGAGGAGCCGAAGGAAAUAAAUAUUUCUUAUUUUUGACAAGAAUAUGGAGAGAAAAAUUGCUGAUGUGAGCUCGUCCUAAGUGUAUUUGAGGCAUGUCAUGGGUGAGAAUAAUCUAGACACCUUGAGCCUGACAGAGCUUCAACAACUAAAACUGCAACUUGAAACUGCGCUGAACCAUAUAAGGUCCCAAAUGGUAAAUAAUUAAAUCAAAAUACUUCAAUUUUGACCGCACUACUUGUAUUGUAGAUAAUAUCAUUCAAUAUAACCAUUCUUUGUAAAGAA